AUGGCGCCCAUGAAACAAUCCAGUAUGAAUCAAAGUAGUAGUAAUUAUGGCGAGGGCAUUGUCCGCCAGGCCAAUAUCCUCGCCAGCUGCUACAUUGUCGACGCUGCCACUGCCUCGCUGAAGGGCCUCCACUACUGCACUACGGGCGCCGCAGGGGCAGAGUGCCCCCCCCUCGCGGCCCUCACGACGACCAACCAACUGGCGCUGACUCCGAAGGCGAAGAAGUCAUCAUCGCGCGCCAGCGUUGGUCGUCGUACCGGCUCGAGCACUGCUGCUAGCUCCGACAGCAGCAGCAGUGCUUGGCAACGCCGUCGAGGGGGGGCAACACUGCGCAUCAGGGAAGAAUGUGAGAGAUUCUUUUGUGAGACGCUGCGCGCCAUGUUCCUGGGUGAGGGGAACUCGGCACUGCGGCUCUCCGGCCUGGCGGGUGUUCAUCACAACAACAACAGCAGCAGCUUCAGCAGCAGCAAUGACCGCGGGAACGGUAAUGGUGGACGCCACGGUGCUGCCGCCAACAGACUCCCGUCCGCCGUAGCGUCACACGGACAGUUGACUCCGCCCGAUGAUUUCCCCAUCUCCAGCGAAACCAUGAUGAGUGAUCGUCGGGUUGGCGGCGGUGGCAUCUGUGGCGUUAUCCGCGGUUGGAUGGAGAUUUGGGACUAUGCCGGCGGCUCCAGCUUCCGCGCCUUCGUGGCUGAGGACGUUAGCCGGCAAACCAGGUCUCUGUUUGCUUUUUUCGACAGACAUUCCAUUGGUCGCGAUCUGAAGCAGGCACUUGUCGCUCUUAUUGAGCUGGCCGAAGGACCACUCGAUUGCACACACAUGGUCAUCUGCAUUGAGCGCUCGAUACCCGAGGAGGAAAUAAAAGCAUUGACAAAGGGUCUUCAGUGGGCUGGAUUUUCGCUGACCACGCUCGACUUCUGGGCCACUAAGUUCGAUGUCGUCAGCAACCGCUGGAUAUUCAUGGGCAUGGAAAUCUAGGCGUACAAGUUUUCCGCGGGCUGGUUGUUUUGUGCUUUUUCCUCCGAGGUUUUUCAAUACAUCCCAUCAUCUUGUCAUCUUUUUCUUUGCCCUUCUUUUCUGUCCAAUGUUGCUGUGGUUCCGUCAAGUGUGGCGAUCUUUUCUAUCCGAUGCUUGCUGUCGUUUCGUUUGGUGUGGUGACGUCCGUUGAUUGCGUAGCUGUCGGCACAUACAUGCAUCUUGGUCACUCAUACGGGUUUAGGGAGCUUGCAUUCUUCAUUUCAGGGGCAUCUGUUGGAUAGCAUUACACUAUGGUAUCUUCUACAUAUUUGCAGGGACUUUGCCCGUCACCAGCAUAUUCAGUAUGGUCAAAGGUCUCCCUCGAACUGUCUGACUGUCAAGCCCUUCUCGCCGAGGUAGGCUUUUACUUGCUGGACUGUGUACUCGCCCCUGUGAAACAUGCCCGCGCCCAGGGCGGCGUCGGUUGUCGUCUUCUGGAAGACUUCCC